AUGCCCAGCCCUGCGAGCGGGAACGCGGGUAACGUGAAGCGUCCUGCUGUAGAGGGUGAUGACGAGAAUGAUAGGUCAAAGGGCCCAAUCAAGACCACCACAGCCCCCUCAGCCUCUGGGCCGAAGAAACAGGCACGCGGAGAUCGAGGCCAGGAGGACUACUCAGCUAAGGUCAAGACCAGGAUGUCGACAUAUACACGUACUGGCCAGGCGUGCGACAGAUGCAAGGUCCGAAAGAUACGCUGCGAUGCACUUCCAGACGGCUGCUCCUCGUGCAGCUCGCAGGCCAUCAAAUGCUUUGUAACCGACCGUGUCUCCGGCCGUACCGAACGGCGAGGUUAUCUUAGGGAUCUAGAAAGAGAAAACGACAGCUUGCUGUCUCACAUUCGCGAACUAGAGCAGUUGGUUGCCGAAAAGGGCGUUCAGGUCUGGCCGUUCGCUGCCACCGUGCAAUCGGAGACGGGCCCAGCACCGGAUGGGGCAGAUCAGCCUAUUACUAACCCUAUGAAGGUUUCGGUUCCGCUUGAAGAUGGGUGGGAUAAGCUUGGAUCGCUGUGGGUGAAGCCUUCCGACUCGAAGGAUGCUCCUUUGAAGCCUUUGUUGGUCCCAAAUUUUCCUCGCAGCCGUCUUGAGUCACGCCCCGAGGAGACGUGGCUGGGUGUGGGAUGGGAUAGUCGACCGCUUAGUUCUAUUAACGGAACCAAGUUGACGAUUAUGGGAACAACUAUUGACACUGCGUCUUUUGACGCCCCUGACAUGGACGAGCCUCCUUCAGAUUCGAACCACACUACACCACUCUACAACAAGUCUGUACAAGCAUUUCUGCAGUCAGCUUCAGGUCUCAACCCUCCAGUCGAAAUCAGCCUCCCCCCAAGAGAAGAGGCUUUCACCUAUACCCAGUACUAUUUCAUGUUCAUGGCGUCAUAUAUCCCUAUUUUGCACAAACCCACCUUUAUGAGACUGCUCGAGCGGGUUUAUGACGAACCUGAUUUCAAACCCACAACCGCCGAGCUGGUGCAAGUCCACAUGGUAUUUGCCAUCAUCUUUUAUCAGUACGGCGUGCGGAACUGGCAAGAAGCUGAACAGAGCGCGCAUCUUAAUGCCACGUCAAACAAGCAUUACCACUUUGCUAUUAGCAAGUUUUAUGAGCUGUAUGCCUCCCGCGACGUCGCUGCCCUCCAGGCCAUGACUUUGCUUGCGGCUCAUACGCGUUCUUUCCCGAAGCCGGGAUGUGGUUUGUUGAUUACCAAUCUGGCUUUCCAGCGAGCCAUUGAUCUGGACUACCAUCGGAAUCCCAAAAUUCCGGAGACGGGGACGAACUUGGGAAUUGAACUACGGAAGCGUAUCUGGUGGGUCUUGAUCACCAUCUACGUUGCUGUGACUGGACGACGAGGCCGGCCCAUGCCCAUCACUGUGGAAGAGUUCGAUACAGGGUUUCCCGAGCCCCUGAAUGAUGAGCAACUUACAGAAACUGGUGUCGAUAGGACGCAGUCCACGCCAUGCAACUGGCAGGUUGGCCUGGCUACAUUCAAGCUGAUUCCAAUCAUGAUGGAGAUGUACUCCAACAUCUACAGCGUCCGGAGGGAUACCCAAAACUAUGGCACGAUCGUGACUGCGUUGGAGAAGGAGCUAGACAAGUGGGAGAGCGAACUGCCUGCGGAUUUACGCCUGGACCUGGAACAAGCUCCGCAACAACAUAACUUGGGUGCAUUGUACUUGAAGGGCUACUGCCUAGAGGUGCGGCUCUCCCUGCGACAUACAUCUACGAGCCCUAUCACAGACCAGGAGACAAUGGCUCAGAACACCAAAAUCUGCGAAGAAACAGCCAGAGAGUUACUACGAACGGUAAAAUAUGUUUCGGAGCUCAAAUCCCUCGACACGACGUGGACACAAAUGUCGAUCUACACGAUGGCUGCUUUUUCACUGCUCGUCUCAUACUGGACUCGGCGUAAGGAGACGACCCCGGAUGAGAUCGCGACCCUUCGUCAAGAGAUGGAAGACUGGAUGGGGGUGCUCCGUGAGCUGAGCCAACUGAUGGGAUCUGGCCCAGGCAUACUAAAUCAGAUCGGCAGCAUCAUAGAGCGAACAAUUAUCUGGAUCGAGAAUGAGACGGCACGUCCGCCGCCGCCACCUGCCAUCAAGCAGGAGCCGGUUCAUCACGGCGCUCUGGCUUCACAGCAGAUUCAAAAUCAAGGCACCCUUAACCAGAGCCAUAGUGCGCCAGCUGUUCGACUCAAGGCAGAUCAGGUACCCACGGACGCUUCCGUUGGCCACGUUCAAGCCCACGGCCCUGUUGAAGCUGGGCCAGCAACGACACCCGCAAAUGCUCACGCACCACAGCAGGUUCAUCAUCAACAUCAGCAUCAACAUCAGCAGCAGCACCAGCACCCGCUUCAACCUCGAGCCUCCCCGCAUCAAAUCGCUCAACAACAACAGGUGCACCCUGAGCGUGCAGGCGAGAAGCAUUUCUACCAUGACCAUACCCAAGAAAUGAACGGGCCCCCUUCAUAUCCCAUUACCUACACAAAUCAUUCUCCCCAUGAUGGCGCUCUCACGGCACAGCCCUACGAACAUGAGACGGCCAUGUACUACUCAGCGGCUUCACAGCACGCAGCACCAUCCUCCGUUGUAUCAGUACCCCCCGGCGCCGAGUCCAACCCUCUCAUUGCGUUUGCAUCUCAAGCCGCGCAGCAUGUUAAUACCACCGAACAAUUAAUCUGGCAGCGAGCUGGCGGAAAUGCUUGGCAAGACUGGACAGCAGCUAUCGCAGACAGCGAUGAUCGGUAUGGAGCUGGUGCUCUGCUCACCCUCGGAAAUACAGGUGCCGUAUCAGGUUCUGGGCAUCGAGGUUCGAUUGCAUCUAUGUCUAGCGCCCAGCAUAACCCGCAGGACAUCGCAGUUCAGUGGCCGAUGGUGAUCAACACGAUGGUUGAUCCCCAGAAUCCCCAUAUGCAUUUGCAGCAGCAACAGCACCACCCCCAUCAUACUCAGCAUCCCCACCAUCAACAACAUGUGCAUCAGUAG